UCUCUUUUCUGGGCCUCAGUUUCCCUCUCUGAGAAGAGAUGAAAUUAAUCACCUCUGAGGGCCGUUUUGGCUCUGGUACUCUUUGGUCCUAAGUUCUUUCCCUUGUUUGGGCCUCGGCUUUCUUCUCUGAAAAAUGAGGUGGACCUGACCUAGCUAAUCUCUAAGGGUCAUCUCGCAGUUCUAAAAAUUCCGCUGUUUUCCACCCAACGGGCCCUUCUCCCUCUCCAGCCUGAUCUGCUCAGCCGCUGGCCGGCAUCCAUCAGUUGGCUUGUCCGUUCACUCAUUCGGCAAACACGUAUUCACUGCUUUCUGGCCGGUGAACGCUGCCAAAGAUACUGAUAGUUAUGACGCAAACUCUGCUCUCAAGGAGCUUACAGACCCCAUUUCAUGGAAGAACGAGUGCCCAAAUCGUGCAGUUUGGAUCCAAGGGUGAGGUGCUCUUUAGCCCUGAGAUUCAGAGCUGGGCUUGGACACUUACGUUAACGCCAUCAUGUGAAAGUCUGAAGGGGUUUGGACUGUGUUAGGAGUCAGGAGCCCUGAAGUUUGGGUUUGAAUCAGGAAGGAUGAGAUUGGAACUAGGCUUCGGGAAGACUAAUCUGGGGACAAACCAGGCUGAGAUGCAGUGACUAUGGAACACACAGAGUGCUGAAUUUUAGAUUCAGGAGAGUCCUGAGUGUCAAUGCCAGAGCAGCCUCUGCCAGAGCCUGCUGUUGACUUUCCUUGGGAUUCUGGGCUGUGAAAGCCUUGCAGACCUUUUCAGUUGAACUCUUAUUAGUCACAUCUCUACCAUUCUGGAAACAGCAUUCCCUUAUUUGUAAAAUGAAGGACUUGGAUUACAUGGCCUCUAUCGUCCUUCUAGGUCAUAUUUGGGUUCAUAAGUGAAAAAUAGUCAUAGCUGACCUCAAAGGUCACCACAUCCAACCUUGUCGUUUCUCAGAUGAGGAAACGGGGGUCCAGGGAGGCUGUGAAUUGAUCAACUUUUCACAGAUAAAUGUAAGAAGUCAGAGUUAACCCUGUAUCUCUGGCUGGCCAGUUAACGCCGUUUCUGUAUUUUCCUGAUCAUUUGUCUGACAACCGUUCAGGGCACGUCAGCGAGCUGCAAACCCAACACGAGGGCCUGUGUGAUGUGGCUAUCUGAUGCAGGGUGCAUUGAGAGGUCUGGUCCCACCACACUCUGCCCUUUGUCAUAACGUAGAGUAUUGUGCUCAGUUCAGGGAAAAGACACUGAGAAGUUGGAGAGGGUCCAGAGGAGGGUGAAGGGCCUCCAUCUAAGGUCAGGUGAGGAUGUAGUGAAGCGAGUGGAGAUGUUUUAGUCUGGAGAAGACUCAAAGGGGAAUGUGAGUACCCUUUAAACAACAGAAGACAGCUGUUAAAAGAGGGAUUCAGCUUUUUCUGAUUGAUCCCAAAGGGCUGAACCAGCAUCAUUGAGGGGAACACAAAGAGGGGGAGAUUUGAACUUGGAGUUGGGAAGAACUUCCCACCAAUGAGCAUCAUCCCCACGGAAAUGGGCUUCCUUGAGAGGCAUCAGGCUCCCGGGGCCUUAAAGGCUUCAAGUGAAGAGCAGAUGGCACACCCCCAUUGGGGAUGCCCAGAGAGCUGGGUAAAUGGUUCCAGUAUAAGCUGGACCAGACAAGCCUUUGUCAGCUCCAAAUCCUCAGUCUCUUGUACCACCUUCCCCCUGGAGGGGCCUUGGCUAGUAUCAGGGACUAGAGAGGGGGAGCUUGAAGCAAGAGAUUCCCAAGGAAAGGUCAAGCGCUGGGGGUGGGGGUGGGGCCGGCGGCAAAGAAGGCCCAGGUGGAUGGGCAUGAACUAAGGGCUGAGGGUGGUGCCCGGAGCGGCCAUUUUUUGGCGAGCUGGCAUUUCAAGCCGGUCUGGCCUCCUCUCCCCCCUGCCCCUCCUUCCCAAACGAGCUCUCCUUUCUCGCGGAUCCCUUCUUGCUUCUCCCCUUUUCCCUCCUCCUCGGUUCCCUGCCCCCUUCCUUCUCCAUCCGUUCACACUCCACCCCCCAUGCCGCUUCCGGCCCGCCCCCGUUGCUAUGCAACGUGAGGCGUGCAGCCAACCCCGGUGGCCGGCGGCCCGCGGACCUCCCGGCUGCCUUGAGCCGCGGCCGGAUGCGAGGCGGAGGCUGCGAGGGCCCAGCCCGGGGCCUGGCCACACGCCUUCCCGCACACGCAGUCGCCUUCUAGCGCAGGCGAGAGUGAUGAGUUCCUAUCAGUCCUUUAAAGCCCAACUCAAAUGCCUCCUUCUCCAGAGUUUUCCCUCAUCCCUCUGGUCUGAUAUCCUCAAGUCACUACAGACCAACCCAGCCCUGAACUGUUAUCCUCCUUGGCACUAAGCUUCUCCAGAACCUGAAGAUCCGUUCCCCAAAUAGUGUUGAGCCUUGCUUUAUACAAUAGAUGUCUUUGUGAAAAGCUGUGCUAAGUUAGGUUUUUGUAAAUAGGCCCAAUUUCCAGUGCACCAUGGGAGCUCGGCAUUUAAAGAAACCCUGCGGUGAAUCCUUAGAUAAAGGGAAGAACUCCCUCCUAAAGCAUGGGCCUGCUCCACCUGCACCCCGACUACCAAAAGGCAACAGAAGAAGCCAGGCUGCGGUUGGCUCCCAGGAAACAUCGAUGACCUUUGAAGAUGUGGCUAUUUACUUCACAUGGGAAGAAUGGAGGCAACUGGACCUUGCACAGAGGGCCAUGUAUAGGGAAGUGAUGCUGGAGAAUUAUGGGAAUGCAGCCUCACUAGGGCUUACAGGACCCAAGCCUUUGUGGAUCUCACAGCUGGAACGAGGACAAAUGCUGUGGACUGUGGAUCUACAGGGGACAGAGGCCAUUGAGGCCAGGAGAGGCACUUGGCCAGAUGGCAGGACUGACAGCAGAGAGUCCAUGCCAAAGCCAGGCAUUCCUGAAGAUGCGAUUUCACAGGGACAGUGGUGUGGAGACGGACUACAGGACAGCUUGGACAGGAGCACAUCCAGGCAUGUGGCUGGUGCUCCUAGGCCAGUCUCCAUAGCCAGAUGUCGACGAGGAAAUAUUGACUGGGAAAAUAAACUGCAAGAAGCAGAUCCUUCAGGAGAGGGUGGCCUGAGUGGGGAGUCCCAGAAUUGCCAUACUAGGCAAAAGUUGGAGCUUCCCAGAAAUCAGAUUGCUCCUCAUAGAGAGAAGCUGUAUGAAUGCGAUGAAUGUGGGAAAGCCUUCAGGUGGAAGUCAACGUUUGUCCUCCAUCUUCGGAUUCACAGUGGAGAGAAACCUUAUAUAUGUAAUGAAUGUGGGAAAGCCUUCAGUCAGAAUUCAGAUCUGACUAAUCAUAAGAGAAUCCAUAGGGGAGAGAAGCCUUAUGAAUGUAGUGUAUGUGGGAAAACUUUCACUUGGAGUUCAAACCUUAUUAACCACAAGAGAAUACACAGUGGAGAGCGGCCUUAUGGGUGUCAUAUAUGCGGAAAAUCUUUCACUCAGGGCUCAAUCCUAAUAAAACACCAGAGGAUUCAUAGUGGGGAGAAGCCCUAUGAGUGUGAUGAAUGUGGGAAAGCCUUCAGUCAGAAAGGGAACCUUAUUAAUCAUCAGAAAGUUCACACCAGAAAAAUCAUUGUUGUGAGCCCUACAUGCAUAAUAAACAUGGGCAAUCUGUGAGUUGAGCUAGUAGUUUGGUUCCCCUCAGGGUGGAGAAUACUGACAAACCGACCAGAUAAAAGAGUCCUCCUGUGGGUGCUUAGGCAUAAAUCCAAGGAAGGAUUCGCAGUCUCCUUACAUCUCUUGGCCUGGGAUAUUAUCUCAGUUAAUUUCUUCUGAUAAGCCGCCUUCCUUUCCUCAAAUAGGAUACUCCUCAAGUUGGAGCUCUCUAUGACUUUAUGCGGAUUGCCUUUGUCACACUGAGUGCCAGAGCUAAUUAGAUCUCAGGCCAAAAAGAUAGUCCUGGAUAUAUUAGUUAUGUCUCAGCAAGCCUGGCCUUCUUCAAAAAUAUAGAUAAAUUGGUCCCAAUCUUUUCCUUACAGAUAUAUGGCAAGGAAGGCAAAAAGAAAUGCUUUCUCUUUGUUAUUUAGUAGGCACAUCUGUAAGCCCCUUGCCCUUCCCAGGCCUUAAUUUCCCCAUCUGUAAAUGGAGAUAACAGUAUUUCCUCUAGUUGUCUCGCGGGGUUUGUGCUUAAAAAGGUGCUUUGCAAUCUUUAAGAUAGGAGAGAAAUGGGAGUAGUGAAGUUUUAUUUUCCUAAACAUUUUUUAUUGUGUUUUUCUUUCCAAUAGCCUCCUUCCCACCUACUCCUAACUUUGGGGAAAAAAGAACAAACCACGUGUAAUCAAUACGCACAAUCAUGUAAAACCUCCCAGUAAUUAACCCCAAACUAUCUUCUGUCUCAUUCUGCACCCUGAGCCUGUCUCCAGAGGUAGACAGCCCGCUUCACCACAUGCCCUCUGGAAUGCUGCUUGGUUAUUGAAUUGAACAGAGUUCUUGAUUUUUUGUAAGUUGUUUGUCUUUACAGUAUUGUUGUUAUUGUAUAAAUUAUUCUGGUUCUGUU